AUGUUCCGGAUAUUACUACUCACGUCUGUCAUUGCCACGAAGGCCAAAUCCGUCACGGCUGUGGAGUUCAUCGAGGAUUUCAUCAAAGUGAAUGAGGACAAGAACGGCCACCUGGGCAACAUUAAGUUUCUGUGCAAGGACGUUGUCCAUCUUGAGGCAGAGCCGAACUCCUUUGAUGUCAUCUUCUCCAACUGGAUAUUAAUGUACAUGGAGGAUGAGGAAGUGAAGGAAUUUGCAAAGAAAGCAGUCAAAUGGCUACGUCCAGGCGGCAAACUCUUCUUCCGCGAGUCGUGCUUUAAACAGUCGGGAGACUUGAAGAGAAAUUCCAAUCCCACAAACUAUCGUCAUCCUGGAUUCUACAUUGGCGCCUUUGGCUCUGUGGCAGUGUAG